UACACACGAUAAAUAUGCAAAUUAUAUAAAUGACCGAAAAUCAGUUGAUAGAUUUUAAACUUUUUCAAAUUGAAAUUACCGUACAGAGAUAAAAGUAAGUGUAAGAAAUUUAAUUCAGUGAAAUGAAUAUAUUCGUUUUCUAUUAAGGUAAAGGUGUGCUUUAAAAAAAAAUAAGUUUUCGAUAUAUCGAAAGUACAUUUCUAUGAAUAAGUAUGGAUUUUAGGGAGAUAUUCACUUAAAACUUAAAGGUAUAAUUAGCUAGUAAUGUAAGAAAGCAACAACAAAUAACAGCCGAACAAUAUAAGGAACAAACAACAACAAAAAAACAACAGCGGCAUCAACAGCGACCAGAACAACAGUUGGUUUAACAACGCAACAGCAACGGAACUAACAACAACGGGAUCAAUACAAACAACAACUGAUUAAAAUUAUAUAACAUAAGAAAUAACAACAACUGCAAGAGAAUUAUCAGCAACAUCAAUUAUUACAACAAAUAUAUCAAUAAAAGCAACAACAACACCGACGACGACAUCGACUACAACAGCAACAAUUGUCAUAGCAACAAAGUCAACGUGUUAGCUUGAUACAAUUCAACUUUCGCAAAGUAUAUAAAGGUCGCCUCUGCUCGGCGGGACACCCCGAUGGCAAAAUUGGUUGUGUUUUGUUUAUUGUCCAUUGCUGUUUUUUACCAGCUUCUCUCGAUUGCAGAAACAGCGCGCCCCACAUUUACUGGCCUGCCAACCCAGUUGAAGGUAGGGGAAUCGGAGACGGGGGAAAGACUGCUUUACACUUUCUCAAUAGUUGAUCCAGAAGCAAAUAACUUCACGUGUGUUUUAGAUAUUGUUGGCACACCGGGGGCAGCCAACGAAGACGAAUUCAAACUAAAAUAUAAUACAGAACAAAGUAAGUAUCAGUUGUGGACAAACUCCGUACCUCCUAGAACUGCUUUUGACACGGCCACCACAAACAGUUACCGGUGCACUGUCACGUGUACAGAUUCAAAUGGUGAAGUUAGCACGGGGAAUAAUUACAUCGAUCUUGUUUUGGAGGACAACACACAAACUACAGUAAACAAUGUGGAGGGCGAUUCAAACGACCUAACAUUAAGUGCUUUGGCAACUGUGUCGGGACAAAUUGUGAAAACGGUCAGCGCGACGUCAGCCAAUCCUGUCAAGUUCUCGAUGACCAGUGACCCGUCUUUCUCGCCAGAGUUUUUUGUUAUCAACAACAGUACUGGUGAAAUUAAGACGAACAGGGACCUGAAAUUUUUGGAUACAGCUGACACAACAGUUUAUCUAACAAUUACCGCGACAGAUUCGGUAAAUCAAAUACAAACAUACUCUGUACAGACCGUUCAUUUCAAUAAUCAAAACACGCUGGCUUCCGCUAUCAACAUGUACACCCCACUACAGCUGGCCGAGUUGGAGACCUUACCCGCAGGGGAAGUUUUGUUUACUCUCGACGUUGCCGACCCGGACUCAUCUCAGUCCCACAGUUACAGGUACACGUGCACUCCUACUGCUGGCGAAGAUAUUUUUGAGCUGGACGUCAACGGUAAUUUCAAAAUUGCUGCCGGUCAAACGAUGGACUAUGAAAGUAUAUCAUUCUUAAAUUGUUCUUUCUACAUUGACGAUGGCGUGGAGGAAAGUGGACCUUUUAUUCUAGAACUGACCGUCGUUAAUGACAACGAGGUUCCGGUCUUUAGUGACACCAUGUAUUUUGUCACAACUUCAGAAGGAGCGAAAGGAAGUAUAUCUUUCGACCCGGGUUUAACGUGUACUGAUCCAGAUAGCGGUGACUCAGUGACCUAUGACCUUCACCCUUCCAAUUUUAGUGACAGGUUUUGGGUCGAUUCAACAACCGGCGUUUUCACGUUCAAUACCGACUAUGACGUAGACAACAGCAAUAUGCCGUCGUCAGUCGUCAUGACCGUGAACUGUAUAGAUUCUGGUCACAUUGAUGGAGUAUCAUUGACUGGAACAGCCCAAGUUACCGUAACAAUUGAAGAUGUAAACGACAAUGAGCCCAUUUUCUCAUCUCCGACGUAUACAAUAGCUGUUGACCAGACUAUAGCACCAGGAUCCAUCAUAGGAACAAUAACGCCAUCUGACGCCGAUAGCACAACAAACGCCGAUCUGACGUGUUCUCACGUAGCAUCGACAUCGUUCAGUGCUUAUUACACCGUCGGUGCCGACUGCAAUGUUUAUCUGGCAAAAACGAUAGAUUUCUCAAGCGGGACGCACACGAGUUUCCUCGCUUACGCUGUUGACGAUGGCACUCCCCAGAAAACAGGAACUACCGCGCUCGAUAUCGUAUAUCAGGAAGUCGCUACAACAACAACUUCAACGACAACAACAACAGAAAAGUUCAAUUUUUUCGACGAGGAAGUAAACAUAGCACUGUUCUGUCUAGCGUUACUCAUGGGUCUUGCACUCCUGGGCUUGCUCUUGUAUUUAUGCCUCAGAUUGUGCUGUGGUGGGGUCUGUGGCGGUGGCGGCAUGUGUGGCAACAUGUGUGAUUGUGGGUACCGGAACCGUGGCAGAAGAAUGCCGCAAAGACAGAAACGUAGGGUUGUUACACCGGAAUACGAACAUCGACCUCCUAGGAAAAUAGUUGAGGAACCACCUAGGCAGAUAAUUACGGAAAAACGAGUACCAGUCGUACAUCGGACCCUGGCUCCGCCACGGUACGGCGGAUUUCGGCAAAUGGGAUAUCCUAUUGUGAGGUCAGCCCCGUCGAUGCCUCCUCGACCAUUUCAGACUGGUGCCCUACCACCGGGAUACUUCCCAUGACGAACUACUUUGACAUUCAUUCUGCAAUACAAAAUAAUGUUUCAUUCUUACCACGUCGUUAAUUUACGAAUCAUCCUGUGUCACGUACGGACAGACGGACACAAAUAAAUGUACAGUACAUGAAAUGUAAAGUGAAAUCAUCGCACUCAUUUAAAAGUGAGAUGAAGAACUGUGAUAGUUUUAAAGCUUUUGUUAUUAAUGUUAGUUUUAUCUUUAAAAUUGUUGUUAUCAUUGUUUUUUUAACCACCCAAUCAUUAUCAUCAUCGUCAUCAUCAUCAUCAUCAUCAUCAACAACAACAACUAUCUAAUAUCGCUAAAUUAAGAAGCUGUGGUGAAUAACUCGAACCGUCAAAGGUGCGAAUCUUUAUAUUACCCCGAGUUAACUCUAGAUCCAGAAUGAAGAAUGUACAAAGACAUAAAUGUUUAGUACGAUGUUAUUGCAAUUAUUUUUCCAAACUAAAAUUCUUCUGGUUUCUGCAAUUGUUUGUACAAUUUACAAUGCUGUCAAAGAUUAAAGGUGGGGCUGUAUUAUAAUAGAUAUAAGUAAAUUCGGUGGUUCCACUCGGGUUCCCGCUCGCGCAUGACAUGACCUAAGAAGAGGCGCACCAGUAAGGGACCCUGAACCAGCCGCCGUUAUAACUUUAUAACGCCGAUUUAACCGAUUUAACUACAGUGUUGGGGCGCUACCCCUGCCUGCUUGCAGAAAUCAUGAUCACAAAGGAGAAAAUAUGGGGUUUUUUUGCCGAUUCUUACAAUUUUCAUAACCAUCUUAUACAUCUCGGCGUGAAGAGGUGAAUUUGACGUUUUUUAGUUCAAAUCGUUUAGUGAAAAGCGGCUUUUCCGGUAUUUACCGGAUUUACGGCAUUUAGUGUGGUUUUCCAGCACUUUUUUAGUUUCAUUCGUAUCUUAAAGCAACAAAAACCUAACCUCUCCAGGAAAAAGAACUCUAGAAAAUGAGUUUAAAUAUUUUGUCUGAAAUGAUUUUAUUUUAUUCCAUUAUUGAUGUAAUAUCAUAAUUCAAAUCAUCUUUAUGUGCUCAUUGGUUUCUUUAAGGUCCAUUAUGCCUCAGAAAUGCUUUUGUUUUUAUUUCUCAAAACCUUAUACUAUUAUACUAUCCAAAAAGUUUUUUUAUUGGACAAUUACCUAAACCAUCUGGUUUUUUUGGCAAUUAGUAAAGAUUGUAUUUUGUAUGUCAAAAUACAAAUAUUUUACUACUUUUAUGAUAAAUUAGUUCACAUUGAUCGCUACUUUGUUCAGGUAACACACACCUAACAUUUCUGUUGCACCAUUAUUUAAAUAUCAUGAAAUUGAUGUUUGCUCUUUCUAAAGAAAAAAAACGGAGUUAUUUGUUUCUGAGGCAUCAUGGGCCUUUAAAUUGUUAAUUAUUAUUGUACCUCGUCAUACUCCGCAUUUUUUCGUUUUAUAUAUAGAAAUAAAUUUGGAAGAAUAUGUUUUUGAUAUUUUAAAUAAAGCAAAUCA